UUUGUGGCACUGAUGGCAAUCAAUAUGAAACAUUCUAUCACCAGAUUUAUAUUUUAAAAGCCUAAAAAGAAAGAAAUUAGUAUAAUUUGGGCUCAGUUUCAUGUUUUUUUUUUUUACUGUGCUACUCAAUUUCAGAAAAAAAAAUGGGGGAAAGCUUGUCUCUGUGGUAGUAAUUUUUUUUUUUGCAUAAUUAAUUGAAGCAGGAAUGUUAUACAUGGAUGGCUAGGACUAGUAGCCACACGAAGAAGAAAUAUUAACAAUUUGGGUGAGAUGGCAUUAGCUAUCUGAAUGUUGCUCAGUAUCUUAUAUUAUUUUGCCUUAUAUUAUUAUUAUAUUUGUCUACAUUAUAGACAAGGAAAGCUAUUUUACCUGGUGUCCCUGCUGACAUAUAGUGGAUUGCCUGCUUCAUGCAUGCUUGUCUUUUCUGUGAAAACCCUAAAAACUGAAGCAAAGAUCACAUUUAGUUUCAUUUGAAAUGACUGAAGGAUCAUCUUACAAUUUAUAAAUAUCUUCCCCGCCUUUUUCUUGACAAUUUUGACAAUUUUAUAUCUGGUAUGAAAAAUAGUAAUGACAGUUCUGUGAAUGAUUUUCUCUUGCUGGGCUUUUCCAUUCUUGGAAAGAAAUCAACUUUACUUUUGGGGAUUUUCUCCCUCACCUAUGGCACCAUCCUGGCCUUCAACAUCACUAUCAUGUCAGUCCUAUGGCUCGACCGGACUCUGCAUUGUCCAAUGUACUUUUUACUUUUUGCAUUAUCUGUCUCAGAAACCUGUGCUACCUUUGUCACUGUCCCCAAACUUCUAUUCCUUCUGUUGACCGGCAGACAGUCCAUUUCCUUUGUUGGAUGUGCCAUGCAGAUGUUUUGCUUUUUUAGUUUGGGAGCCAACAACUGUUUCCUUUUAGUCGCUAUGUCUUAUGAUCGGUAUGCAGCAAUUUGCUACCCACUUCAGUACCAAGUGCUGAUGGAGAAAAGGGUUUGCAUCAAACUAGUAGCUGCAUCAUGUCUAACAGGGUGCUAUAUAUCUCUGGUUAUUUGCAUCCUUAUUUUCAGGUUGCCUUUUUGUGGGCCAAAAGAAAUCCAACAUUUCUUAUGUGACAUUUCACCUGUGCUGAGCCUGACUUGUACUGACACUUCCCUGACUCGUCUGGUGGUGGUUCUUUUAUGUGCUGUUGUUUUGCUGGGCACAGUCCUAUUGAUCUCUGUUUCAUACGCCUAUAUUAUUUCUGCUAUCCUAAGGAUCUGCUCCAGUUUGGGAAGAAAAAAAAUGUUCUCCACCUGUGCGUCCCAUCUCAUUGUGGUGAUCACCCACUUCAGUUGUGCUUGUUUUGUGUAUUUGAGACCAAAAGCAGCUUCUUCACUAGGUCAAGACACAUGGAUCUCAACCGUUUUUGUCUUUAUAACCCCUCUGCUGAACCCUUUGGUUUAUACCUUGAGAAACAAGGAAGUUAAAUUAGCCAUUCAAAAAUUGCUAAGGAAUUUGUUUUGUUCUCAGAAUCUCUAACCAAAAGAGGUGAUUUUGAUGUAAUUUAAUGGGGUGUGUGUGUAUGCAUCUUAAAGUCUGAGGAAGCUCAGAGCCAAGACACUAGCAUAUAUUGGAAUAGUUUUAAUACAGACCACUGAAAAGAUAGACAAAUAUUAUGCAAUAUUUAAGUGCAGUCUUUAGAGCAAAAGGUAGUGUUGAGCAUAGCACUUAGACUUAUAGUAUAUACAGCUUCAUGGUGUUUUACAGCCCUCUUUAAGCAGUUUGCAGAGUCAGCAUAUUGCCCCCAACAAU